CUCACUCCAAGCAUAUCAUAUCAGAGCACGAGAGACACUUCAGAUUGAACAACCCUCACAGUGUUUGACUUCUUACACAUUCAAGGUCCAAAUAUGCCUCCGAAAGUAUACGUUGUCGACCCAUACCACAAAGAUGCUAUCGCUCUGUUGAAAGAACACAAUGACAUCGACCUCGUCUUACCAUCUGAUCCAGCCAAGGCCAAUUAUCACCAGGAUGCGACAGCAAUCAUCGUGAGAAGUCAGACACGAAUCGAGGCAUCGGAUAUUGAGAAAAGUAAACGUACUCUCAAAUACAUCAUCAAGCAAGGCGUCGGCGUCGAUAACAUUGACGUUCAAGCGGCGAAAGCUCAUGGUGUAAAGGUUUAUAAUACACCCGGUCUCAAUGGCGAGGCUGUUGCAGAACUCACAUUGAGUCUUGCUCUCUCUGUCAGUCGCCGAAUCGCCGAACUUGAUCGUCGAAUCCGAAAUGGAGAAGUUGUCGUCCGAAGUGAGGCUUUGGGCAGAAGUCUUUUCCGCAAGACAAUCGGACUGAUUGGAAUGGGCAACAUCGGCCUCUUUGUUGCACGAAAAUGGAUAUCAGCCAUGGAAGGCCGUAUCAUCGCGUACGAUCCGUACGCAAAAGAUGGAGCUUGGGAAGAGAGUCUGCCAAACGACAAAUUCAAGCGAACGGCUGUUCUUGAUGAGCUACUACAGACUGCGGACGUCAUCAGUCUUCACGUGCCGCUCUUGGACUCGACGCGGAACAUGCUAUCGACAAGAGAGUUCGAAUUGAUGAAACAAGACACCAUUCUGUUGAAUUGUGCAAGGGGUGGAAUCGUUGAUGAAUCGGCGAUGCUUGUUGCAUUGAAGAGUGGGAAACUAUUUGGCGCAGGGUUAGAUGCGCUGGCGAUUGAGCCGGCGUCCAUGGACAACUAUGGGAAUACACUUCUCACGUGUCCAAAUGUUGUUGUCACACCUCAUGUUGGGGCAUCAACGGCAGAGAACCAGUCACAGAGCGGAAUUGCCGUCGUUAACAUUCUGUUUGAGCUGCUGAAAGGAAAUCAGCCAGCUGGAUGCUUGACCUAGCUGACGCAGUCGCUAUUUGGCCUGCGUUUUUACCACGAGCUAAUGCCAAGUAUCUAUCCAUGAAAGGUGGAUGUGGAGUGGUCAUAGAGCUUCAAAAUCGUGAUGAUGUUGAUGGAUGAUGAGUAGUAUGAUGGAUGAGAUGAGGGGGGGCGGUCUUGCAGCCUGAGGUGUUCUUGAGGCUUACGUAAGGUCUUGGAUCACUCACGUACCACUGCAUAAAACGUUGAAGCUGAGGUAAUUACCCACUUCCUACACUAGAAAUCUAUUAGUGUAGCCGCGUGCUUGCUAACACAACAACAACAUUGGAACCUCUAGUAGUUGUGCU